CUAUUUCUUUUUUUUAGACCUUCAGAGGGCGCCUCAGAAGAAUGGGCCAUAAUUGAACUUCAGGGCGACAUAAAAUCACAUACGGAUUCCAAUUUUGAGGGAAAGUAUAUUGGUGAUCUGCAUUUUACUAAAUCUGGUACACCUCUUCUCAUUAUUGGCCAUCACCUUAUGUAUGGAAAAGAAGCGAAACUAGAAAAACCAUUUGCCCUCUUACAAAAAAAGCGAAAGGAAGAUAAUACGGAGUAUUUGGUGAAAUCCAUCAUAAGAAAUAAAAUCAUUUUCAAAACUCGACCCAAACCUAUUGUUGGAAAACAUAAUUAGUAUGCAUUUCUGAAGUAUCAUUUUUAUGUGUCAAAAAUGACUUUUUUUUCAAUAAUGAAGAUCUGAAAACGAAAAUGAUUUUGACGUAUCUCUGGGAUAGAUGAAUAAAAAAUUUGGUACAUUAUUCUCUUACAUCAUAUCCAAAGAUGACAAUUUGAACAAGAUGAACAUUUUAAAAAUAUAAAGAGGUCAUUUGAUGUGAAUAAAUUCACUAGACCUGUUUAAGGAAUGGAAAUAAGCAUGUAUCUGUAUUCAUAUUUCAAAUAAAUCCUAAAAUUUAGUUUUCGAAA